CUGCUGGCUAUUGUGGACAGGGGCAGACAGCUGGUGCCCGAGGGUAUGCCGGCCGAAGACUCGCUCAAGUUCGGCGCCACGCAGCACAAGAGGAGCUCCAAGGGGCGCAGCCAGCGGGCUGGCAAAAACUCCACCCUCUCCAAGCGGGCCACCACGGUGGACGAGUUCCGGGUGCCCACCGACCUGGGGGUGACGCACGUGCUGCUCAGCGGCGCGCUCGACUGCCGCUGCUGCUACCGGCUGCUGGUCGAGAGCGGCGUGCUGCCCAGCCCCAGCAGCGUCCGAGACGACAUGGGCCAGGGCUCGGAGGGCCCGCCGCUGACGCCCUGCAGGACGUUCACCGUUCUGAAGCGGCCGCCGCUGCGCGCCCUGCCAGAGACGACCGAGCCCGUGUUCACGUUCCGACUGGACGACGCCGAGAGGGCCGCCAUCGCCGAGGCGGCCGCAGCCGAAAAGGAGGAGAAGGCGCAGCGGAUCACGCCCGAGAAGUCGCCGCCGCCCAAACGGCGCGGCCAGCGGCGACUGAAGGGGAAGCGGCGCAGCGACCCGUCGCUGGCCGCCGACCAGCGCACCGGCGGCUCCAUGGGCGGCGAGUGUGACACGGACCUGGCCACGGCCAUCCGACAGGCGCUCCACCGCGACGACCCGGUGGUCUCCGGCCACCGGUGGGUGGUGCCCGCGGAGGGCGAGCUCACGCUGGUGGUGCACUUCGAGGUGAACCGGCCGGGCCGGUACCAGGCGCGCCUGCAGCUGGAGACGGCCGGCACCCGGCGCCGAUACACCCUCGAGUGCUCCGGCAGCUGCGUGCUGCCGCUCAUCAACAGGAAAAUCAAAACGCUCUACGCCAAGGUGCCGAUGCGCUCGGAGGACUACGGCACCGAGCACGGCGUGGCGUUUAUCCGCGGCACGCGCACACUCUCGUUCGGCCCACUGCCGGUGGUGAAGCCGGCGGCCAAACAGCAGCCGCAGGUGGCGCGUCACAACUCGGCGUCAGUCACCGGGCCGCCCUCAGUGCCCCACGGCCACCAGGCCGAAAUCACCAUGGAGAACAUCUCGCCGCUGCCCGUCGAGAUCACCUUCCACCUCUUCAACGACACGUUCAAGGUGCCGCCCUUCCAGCUGUGGCCGAUGAGCCUGUCUCUGGCGCCCGGUGAGAAGGACUACCUGCAGGUGAUGGCGCUGCCGCCGGCGCCGCAGCCCUACGAGGACAUGCUCAUCGGAUGCGUCAAGGACAACCCCGACCCCUGGAUCACAAAGCUGACGUGUGUGGGCGCCAAGCCGGAGGUGCACGUGGACAAACGUCAGCUGACGUUCGACCGGGUGCUGCUGCUGCGCCGCGAGACGCGCCGGCUGGUGCUCACCAACCGCUCCCUGAUUCCGCUCCAGUUCAGAGUGGUGGACACUGAACAGCUCGGCGAGGGGUUCACGUUCCGGCCCAAAGAAGGGACGCUGAUGCCGCUCGGGGUGUCUGACAUCGAGGUCGAGUUCUCCCCCAUCCGGCCCUGCCUCUACCACAACAAAAAGAUCAAACUCGAGAUCACCGAACACUUCGAGGAGCCGGCGGCCGACGACGGGACGACGGCCGGCGGCUCUGGCAGCGACAACAGCGCGACCACCUCGUCUCCGCGCAGUCCGCGCACCACGCUGGGCAUCCUGCAGUCAGAGACCAUCACCGUGUCGGCGGAGGGAUUCGAUGUGGCCGUCGACCUCAUGUUCCCAAAGGGUCUGGCGACCGGAGUGGACUUUGGAACGAUCAAGGUGAAGGAAGAGAGCAAGCAGACCUUCACUAUCAAGAACAAAGGAAAAUAUGAAAUUAUGUUCAAGGCGUGGCUGGAAGACCCGGAACCGGUGCCCAAGGGGGCCAAGUCGCUCACCCACGGCUUCCACAUCAGUCCCGACAGAGGAAUCCUGCACCCGCACGAGCGGCCGCUUAACAUCCAGAUGUGGUUCAGCACCGACUCCGAGAUCUGGAUCAAGAAAUCGCAGAUGCUGCGCGUGCAGAUCCUCGACUUCCACAAGAAGGAGGAGGGUGAGGUUAUCGCGCUCAUCCCCGUCUGCGUCAGCGUGCGGGCGCUCUUCUGCAAGUACUCUGUGACGCCUAGUCACGAGCUGCAUCUGGGACACUUCCCGGUGGCCGUCCGCAAGACGGGCUUCUUCGUCAUCAAGAACGACGGCAAGUUCGACUUCAGCUACCACAUCGUCAGGAAGAAUGUGGAGCCCACCGCCGGAGGGCACGACUCGCCGCAGGCCAAAAAACGGGGUCGCACGUCGGGCGGUAAGGGCGGCUCGUCGAGCAGCAAGUCGACCAGCCAGGAGAACACGGCCGGACCCAUCUCGACGGCGUCCGUGGUGCAGAAGCUGGGCGGCGGACAGAGCAGCAAGGGCGGCGGCAGCACCGAGGCGCGGGCCAUGAAGCUGACGGCGGGCAUUUACACGCUGCAGCCGGCCAUGGGCACGAUCCCGGUCAGCUCUCAGGCAGUCGUCAACGUGGAGGCCGUCUCCAGCGAGCCCAUCUCCGACGUCCAGGAGCUGGUGAUCCGCAUCUCGGACGCCGGGGACGGAGUCGGCAUCCCGUUCCGACUUCUGGGCAACGUCACCACGGCCAGCAUCCGCGACCAGGACGGCGGCAUCGUCAGCAUCUUCGAGGAGCACGCCGUGGUCGACUCGCUGAAGAGCUACCGGCCCGGCAGCCAGCUGAAGGCGCCGCCGGGCGGUGUGUACGGCCGCGCCGAGAACCGCUUCCAGCUGAGCCCCACGCUGCUCGGAGACUCUGCCAGGGUGUCGUUCAAGGUGCACAACACCAGCAUGGUGCCCGUCGACGUGGUGAUCGCCGUCAAACAGCCGGGACCCGCGACGACGGCCAAGUCAAAGGCGGUCUCGGAGACAGGGAAGCUGUUCGACGUCAGCCCCACCCGGGCCAACAUCUCCGUCCACGGCUUCAUCACCGUCACCGUCACGUUCACGCCCAACGCGCUGCAGACGUUCGUCAACGUGGUGGACAUUCAGGUGGAGGAGCCGACCGGCGUCGACCGCAGCAAGGGCAUCUCGUUCGAGGUGUCCGGCGAGGGCACGCUGCCGCUGCUGGACGUCCUGGAGCCGUCGGAGGUGACGCGCCAGCAGGAGCCGCUGCUGCACUUCCUCUCCACGCGACUGGGAGACAGCGCCGCCGGCACCGUCCGACUCCGCAACGCCGGCCUCGUCGAGUGCAUGGUGGACCUGCUGCUGGCUGAGGGCCGGGACCUGUUCAGCGUCGUCCCGGACGAGCGGACGCUCCAGUACAGCAUCAACGGAGAGCGGCAGGGCAUGAUCAGUUCUAACGAGUACGUUCUGGGCACGCUGUGUCUGCCGGCCGGCGCCGAGGCCGUGCUGGCCGUCACCUUCUGCCCGCGCCAGGUGGGCCGCUGCUCGGGCCUGCUGCUGCUCAGCGUCAACUACAACGCGUACCAGCGACAGGCCAUACGGCUCGACGGUCACGGUUACAACAGCGGCGUGCUGGUGCACGGCCUGCCGGUGAGCCACUACGUGCCGCCGCCGCCGCCCCCGCCCCCGCCCAAGAGCCAGAAGGAGGAGCCGCCGCCGCAGUUCGUCCUCGGCAGCGACAUGCCCCAGCUGCAGUAUACGCUGGAGUUUGUCUCAUGCUACAUUGGAGUGGCGUACAAUCGCCAAUUCCGGAUGGAGAACUGCUCCGAUAACUCCCGCUACAGGUUCGAGUGGCACAACUCUCAGUACCUGACCUUCUCCCCUGCCUUCGGCCACCUGGCUCCCAGAGAAAUCAAAACAAUCACCGUCACCUUUGUCGCCAACGAGGCCAUCAACUUCGAGAAGGUCGUGAAGCCGUCAGUGGACGUACCGCCGCCGACCACCAAACGCGGAAAGGCCAAAGUAGAACCGGCAAAGCCGGAGCACUCUGUCUCCUGCGUGGUGACGGCCAUAGCGUACCCGGGCGAGCUGGACCAGCAGCACCAGCAGCCGGAGACGGGCUCCAGCUGGGACGAGCGGAGCCGUACCAUGCAGCUGGUGCCGGCCGAGCCGAGCGACAGCGCCAGCCGGCCGGAGGAGGCGGACCGGCCGGCCGAGACGGUGUCGCGCCUGCUGCCGGAGCGCGAGCCGGCCUUCGAGGAGCUGGCGCCGGCGCCGGCGCUGCGCCUGGACGUGCCGGCCGUACUGCAGACGGACCUAGCGCGCGUCAGGUUCACCGGCGGCGCCGUCUCAUUCGACGACACGUUCAUGUUCCAGGCGCGGACCGAAGAGGUGACCCUGGAGAACAUCGGCCUGGCCGAGGUGCGUUACUCCUGGAGUCUGGAGUUCGUGCCGCCGUCGGCGCGGCCCGUCUCGGCCGAGACCCAGGUGUACAGCGGCGAGCUCGACUCACAGACGUCCGUGGCGGGCUCGCAGCGCUCGGACAGCGGCGCCAGCUUCCUGCAGCUGAUGACGCGCCGCAUCUCGGAGCUGGCCGACUACGUGCCGUUCACCAUCGCGCCGGCGUCCGGCACCGUGCCGCCCGGACAGGCGGUCACCUUCACCGUCCGGUUCGCGCCGCUCGACAUACUCGAGUACUCGGGCACGCUCAAGUGCAGCAUCCCGUACCUGAGCGAGGACGCGCCGGCGCCGACCGUCUCGGUGCACGGCUGCGGCGUUCUGCCCGUCUGCCACUUUGACCUGGACCAGACCGGCUGUCGGGAGAACGGUGACGAGCUGACGCCGCCCUCCGACUGCGACCUGCGCGUGGUCACCAUCGACGCCGUCGGCGUCAACAGGAAGGUGGCCAGGACGUUCAGCAUCAUCAACCCGACGGAGGCCAGCUGGCACUACACGUUCAGCGAGUGCAGCCGCGACGACGGGCCGCGCGACGCCUGGUUCAACUGCGCCAACGCCUCCGGCAUGGUCAACUCGGGCCAGCGGGCGCGUGUGACGUUCGAGUUUUUCCCGCGCGCCGAGGGCACGUUCGAGUCUCGGUGGCAGUUCUUUAUUCGGGAGCACCGUCUGACGGUGGACCUGGUGCUGGUGGGCCGCGCGCGCGAGCCGCUGGUGUACGCCACCGAGCCGGUGCUACGGCUGCCGGCAGUGCUCACCGGGACCACCUCCCACGGCCAGCUGACGCUGGUGAACGAGGAGUCGGAGCCGCUGCGCUUCCAGCUGGACCUGGACUCGUGCUACUCGGCCAGCCAGGCGCUGCGGCUCACCGUGCUGCCCAUCGAGGGCCUGGUGCCGGCCAGAGGCGCCGCCACCCUCCAGCUGCAGUACCUGGCGGUGGCCGACGGGCCGGCCGAGUUCACGCUGCAGUUCUAUGUGGAGUCGCGCCACGCGCCGCUGACGGUGGCCGUCAGCGCCGAGGGCUACACGCUGCAGGCCGAGGCCACGCUGGUGGAGCCGCGCGGCCGCGACCACCCGCUCAGCGCCGCCACAGUCAACCAGAUCGACCUCGGACUGAUUCCGUGCCGUGAGACGGUGUACCGCGCCAUCUCGGUGGUGAACACGGGCCGGUUUCCGUUCACGGUGGAGCUGGAGAAUGCCACCGAGUCGCCGCCGCCGCGCACCGCAGUCACCCUCGACCCCGACCACCGAGAGCUUGUGGAGCCUCGUAAGAGGGUGACCUGCAAGUUUGGCGUCUGCUGCUCCGCCAAAGUCAAGUUCCCGAACAUCAAGAUACUGGUGAAGGUGACGAACGGUCCGUGUUUCGUGCUGAUGGUGCGGGGCUCAGCCGAGCCGCCCAACAUCUGGUACUCGCACUCUGCCAUCGACUUCGGUCCGUGCUUUCUCCACCGGGAGGGCAUGCCGACCAUUGUCUCCGAGCUGCGCGUCGAGAACCGCGACAGACACCCCGUCAGCGUGGGCGUGAGCCAUGAUGACGUGUCGUUUUUGAAGAUUGACUUCAAACAGACGGUGAUCGCGCCCGGAGAAAAGGCUAUCGUGCCGAUCGUGUUCGUGCCGCUGGAGGUGCGCCGCUACCUGCACACGGUGAAUAUCGUCAUCAACGGACAGGUGCACCGGGCCCUGCGCGUCGCCGGACAGGGCAUUCGCUUCCAGGUGGAAGUGGCCAACUCGGAGCACAAGCAGCUGGUGCUGGGCGACUUCCGCGCCGGCCAGCGGCUGCAGCGCUCCAUCGCCGUGGUGAACCGCGCCGACGCCGCCGUCCGCUGCCAGUUCCAGCUCACGUGCAGCUCGCCGGGACUGCAGAACCUCACGUCUCCCGUGCUGCGGCUCCGGCCCGCAGAGGCCGAGAUCCGGCCGCGCGGCUCGGUAGUGCUCGAGCUGCAGUGCUUCUCCAAAAUACGACAGCCCUGGUUCCAGGAACAGGUGCGUCUGACGGCGCUGGGUAUCACGCACACGCUGCUGACGGUGGAGGGUACCUGCCAGGGCAUGGACCUCCGGCUGGACGUGACCACGCUGCCGUUUGGCGCCGUGGCCGCCUACUCGCGGGUCAAACGCAACGUCUGCAUCAUCAACGACGGGGACAUCGGCGCCAGGUUCCGCUGGCCGGCCGAGCCGCUGCAGCCAGAGUUCUCCAUCUGGCCAGCGCACGGCUACGCGGCGCCCAAGUCGCGCGUCGUCUGCGAGGUGACCAUGCACCCGCGCGAGCUGAGCAGCGUCAUCAAAAAGGAGGGUGUGACGUGCGAGGUGGAGAACUACGGCAGCCUGCCGCUGACGCUGACCGGCUGCUGCGUGCCCGUCACCGUGGCCAAGGAGCCGCUCCAGUUCACCGCGCCCGUCCGCACCGAGGACGUCCGAUCCAUACAGAUCGCCAACAAGACCAACACGGGCUGGGAGGUGGAGCCGGUGGUAUCAGGCCAGUUCUGGAGCGGCCAGGAGGUGCUCUCGGUGCCGGCCCAGUCGGUGGCCGUCUACUCGGUCACCUACAAACCCAUGGUGAUGACGGCAACCGGACAGAAACACACGGGCUCGGUGUUCCUGGCGCUGCCGGACGGCCAGGCGCUGCUCUACAGUCUGCUGGGCACCGCCGAGCCGCCGCUGCCCGUCGGGCGGCUCACGGCCGACAUCACCUGCAAGACCAGCCACCAGGAGACGGUGGACGUCACCAACUGGCUCACCGAGCCGCAGAGGUUCGCCGCCCGUGCCGAGGUGGUUCGCAGUGAGAAGGAAAAGGACAAGUCCGAGGUGGCCAGCGUCCGACUUUCCGGUCUGGAUUACUUGGACGUGCCCGCCCUGGCCACCGUGCCGUACACGCUGAACGUCUACUACUACAAGGAGGGCAACUUCCACGUCAAGUUGUCCUUCCGUAACGAGGAUACCGGAGAGUUUCUCUUCUACGACCUCGGCUACCGGGUGGCCAAGACGCACGAGCGCCAGCGGGUCGAGCUGCACACGGUCGUCAGAAAGGCCGUCCAACACUCGGUGCUUCUGGAGCGUCCGCUGGACUCGCCUAUGACGUGUCAGGUGACGUGCAACAUGAGUGAGCUGAUCCUGGGUCACCACGGCACCAUCCACUUCCCGGCUGGUCAGGAGGCGCGCGUCUCGUUCGAGGUGCUGCCGCUGCGCGAGGGCUGCACGGAGGCGCCGCUGGACGUACACAGUCAGGAGAUGGGCACGUACGGGUUCGAGGUGUCGGUGACGGCGCGUCGGCCGCCGCUGGCCGGCACCGUGCGCCUCAGCUGCCCGCUGGGCCAGAGCGUCAGCCGGCCGGUCAAAUACACCAACUACAGCCGCAGCCGCGCCGAGUACACCACACAGCUGGUGGCGCUGUCGCAGCUCUCUGAUCCACCGGAGCUCAGCCCCACCCCGGAGACCAGCGGACGCAAGGCGCGCGGCUCCGGCAGGGACAGAGACGACGAGAAGCCCAAGACGUUCGCCGACCUGCUCACCCAGCUGCAGAACAAGGGCGACGGCAAGGAGCUCACCGUGGACAGGGCCGUAUACGCGUCGCCCGGCUGGCCGCAGGGCGUCGAGGCCAGUCUGGACCUCGCCUACGAGCCCAUCGACAUCGGCACCCAGGAGCGGGGCCUGGUGCUCAGUUCACCAACCGGCGGCGAGUACAGGUUUGCCGUGUACGCCACGUGCACGCUGCCAGAGCCGCAGGGGCCGCUCAACAUCAAAUCGGGCGCCAACGUGGUCAUACCGUUCAAGAACAUCUUCCCGGCGACGGCGCCCUACUCGUUCUACGUGGACUCGCCCUACUUCUCACUGUCCAAAACGCCUGACACCAUCCGCGCCAAAAAGGAUAUUCGCGUGACGGUGAGUUUCGACGUGAGCCGCGGCCCGCCGGUGGAGCUGUCGGCCGGCCGGCCGCUGACCGCCUGUCUGACCAUCUCCGGCCCGACGCUGCCGCACGGCCACACGCCCGCCUGGCGCUACUACCUGCGCGGCCUGCCCGCCUCGGAGAAGUGAGCGCCGCCGCCUCCGACCCGCCGAACGAGCCUGCCGCGAGCAGAGACCGGUGACGGGGCCGGCCGAGAGGCAGCCGCCCGGCGCCGAGGAGACUGCGAGAGCAGCGAUCAUGUGCGGCUCCCAGAGCACAUCAGUCGCAAAUUUCUGGUACAAGACCGGCGACAGAGUCGGCCGAUGCUAGUCAAAGGAGCGAGCGUAGAGUACAAAUUGAGGCGGAGUGCCGUGAAGUCACCAGUCCGUUGUUUGUUACGUCCGAUGUCCGAUAAUAAAUAUGUGACUUCU